GCUCGGCUCGGCUCGGCUCGGCUCGGCCGCCGCUCGUUGCAUCAGCGCUGCGAGGCGGCGGGAUGCGGCUGUUCGUCAGCGAGGGCGCCCCGGGGAACCUGCCCGUGCUGGCGGCGGCCGGACGGGCCGGACACACCGGCCUGCAAGUCUGCACCGUGGGCCCCGACGAGCGUGUGGUUCCGUUCCUGUCGCGGCCCCGGGUUCCGGCGCUGGAGCUGGACGGCGGAGGAUUUCUCUUCUCCACCAAUGCCAUCUGCCGGUAUUUCUUCCUGUUGUCCGGCUGGGAGCAAGACGACCUCACUCAGCAGUGGCUGGAAUGGGAGACCACAGAGCUGCAGCCGGCCCUGUCUGCUUCCCUGUCUGCGUUGGUGCUGCAAGGUUGCCAGGGGGAGAAGGUCCUGCAGCCCAUGCGCAGGGCCCUGGCACACAUCGAUCACAGCCUGAGCCGCCGCAGCUGCCCCUUCCUGUCCGGGGACGAGGAGUCCCUGGCAGACAUUGUCCUGUGGGGGACCCUGUAUCCACUGCUCCAAGACCCGGCCUAUCUCCCCGAUGAGCUGAGCGCGCUGCGGACCUGGUUCCGGACGCUGAGCGGCCAGGAGGCGUGCCGGCGGGCCGCGGAGGCCGUGCUCCCCCGCGGCGGGGCCCAGGCCCUACGCCCGCACCUACAGCGCCAACCGCGGCCCGGACCUCCCCAUGACCCACCUGCCAGGACCGAGCCCGAGGAGGAGACGUUUGCCACGCACAGCCUGUCUGAGGAGGAGAUCUCCGUGGCCGCAGCGGCAUGGGAGAAGGGAGUGGAUGCCCUGCCCCAGCCGCGCCCUCCCCAGCACCCUGUGCUGCCGGUACCCGGCGAGAGGAACGUGCUCAUCACCAGCGCCCUCCCCUACGUCAACAACGUACCCCACCUGGGUAACAUCAUCGGCUGUGUGCUCAGCGCCGACGUCUUUGCCCGAUACGCCCGCCUGCGCCAGUGGAACACACUGUAUGUGUGUGGGACGGACGAGUACGGCACGGCCACUGAGACCAAGGCCAUGGAGGAGGGCUUGACCCCCCAGCAGAUCUGCGACAAGUACCACGCCCUGCACGCCACCAUCUACCGCUGGUUCGCCAUCUCCUUCGACCACUUCGGCCGCACCACCACCCCUCAGCAGACCACGAUCGCCCAGGACAUCUUCCAGCGGCUACUGGCCCGGGGCUUCUUGCAUACGGCCACGGUGGCCCAGCUGCGCUGUGAGCGCUGUGCCCGCUUCCUGGCUGACCGCUUCGUGGAGGGGGUCUGCCCCUUCUGUGGCUAUGAGGAGGCGCGGGGGGACCAGUGCGACAAGUGUGGGAAACUCAUCAAUGCCGUGGAGCUCAAGAAACCGCAGUGCAAGAUCUGCCGCUCCACCCCCGAGGUGAAAUCCUCCCGACACCUGUUCCUCGAUCUGCCUCAGCUGGAGAAGCGGCUGGAGCCAUGGCUGACCAAGACCCUGGCCGCCAGCGACUGGACCCCUAAUGCCCGCUUCAUCACUCGCUCCUGGCUGCGCGACGGGCUGAAACCCCGCUGCAUCACCCGGGACCUGCAGUGGGGCACCCCGGUGCCUUUGGAGGACUUCCAGGAGAAGGUGUUCUACGUCUGGUUCGACGCUCCCAUAGGCUACCUAUCCAUCACGGCCACCUACACCGAUCAGUGGGAACGCUGGUGGAAGAACCCGGAGCAGGUGGAACUCUACCAGUUCAUGGCCAAGGACAACGUCCCUUUCCACAGCGUUGUCUUCCCCUGCUCACUGCUGGGGGCCGAGGACAACUACACGCUGGUGAACCACCUCAUCGCAACGGAAUACCUGAACUACGAGGACGGGAAGUUCUCCAAGAGCCGGGGCGUGGGGGUGUUCGGGGACAUGGCGCAGGGCACGGGCAUCCCUGCCGACAUCUGGCGCUUCUACCUGCUCUUUGUGCGGCCCGAGGGCCAGGACAGCGCUUUCUCCUGGGCCGACCUGCAGCUCAAGAACAACUCGGAGCUGCUCAACAACCUGGGCAACUUCAUCAACAGGGCUGGAUCCUUCGUCUGCAAAUUCUUCGGGGGCCGCGUGCCGGCCAUGGAGCUCAACGGUGAUGACCGGCGGUUACUGGCCCAGGUGGCCCUAGAGCUGCGGCACUACCACCAGCUGCUGGAGCGGGUUCGGAUCCGGGACGCGCUGCGCUGCGUCCUCACCGUCUCGCGCCACGGCAACCAGUACAUCCAGGUGAACGAGCCGUGGAAGCUGGUCCGCGGCAGCGCAGCUGACAGGCAGCGAGCGGGCACGGUGACCGGGGUCUCGGUCAACAUCGCCGCCCUGUUGUCGGGGAUGCUGCACCCCUAUAUGCCUACGAUCAGUGCCACCAUCCAGGCCCAGCUCCAGCUGCCGCCACCCGCUUGCAGCAUCCUACCUGACACCUUCCUGUGCCUGCUGCCCCCCGGUCACGCCAUCGGCACGGUCACCCCCCUGUUCCAGAAACUGGAGUCGGACCAGAUUGAGAGUCUGAGGCAGCGCUUUGGUGGGGGACAGGGCAAAGCUCCGGACACUGCGGCUCCAGCCCCGGACCCGCCGGCAGCCGACGAGCGGCAGGCCCAGGCGUUGGCCGAGGAAGUGAGCAAGCAGGGAAACCUCGUGCGGGAGCUUAAGGCCCAGAAGGCAGAGAAGGCCCAGGUGGCAGCCGCGGUGUCCAAGUUGCUGGAGCUGAAGAAGCUGCUGGCCUUGGCACAGGGGGAGGAGCCCCCCCGGGGGCCCCGGGCCAAAUGAGCGAGGCUGGGGCGGGGGUCCAUCGCUUUACUAAUAAAAGCUCCCGUGCACGCGG